AUGCGCGCUGUGGAGGAGGAGGAAGCUCGUCUGCGAGAGCUGUGGUCUCUGGAGGAUCAGGUUGACGAACCUGGUGAUACCAACACUGUGUACAGUACCGCUGCUCCCGCUGCCUCCGCCGUUGCGCUCGUCGCGACCGAAUCGAACCGUGUUGACUUGUAUGAUUCCGGUGCGAGCGAUCAUAUGUCGCCCUAUCGCGACGCCUUCCUUACCUUUCGCGAGACUGUGCCUCGCUCGCUGAACGCCGCGAACCAGCAGAUGUUUCAGGCCACUGGGGUCGGAGACAUGGUUGUGACACAUUCAUGA